AGCAAGCAAAGUUAAUAAAACCAAUCAAAAGUUAAAUUAAACAAUCAACAAUAAUUACCAUGUAAUGCUAAUUGCUAAUGCAUGCUAGUUGAGCUGUUUUGCAUUACUAUACAACAAAAUAAAAAUUGCUUUAAAGUAUUAAUAACUAAAUAAAUUCAAUUAUUAAAAAAAGAAAAUAAAAAAACAUUUCUCCAUUUUCUCUCUUUUACACGCCAUCAAUACGUUUGUCAUUCUUCCUAUAAAUACCAAUGCUUCCAUACUCUUUCUUGCCACAGUUGCCAUAAUAAGCUCUUCUCUCUCUAGAUCUUUCUCUCUCUAGCUUUUUAAGCUAGUUUUUCUCUCCUUAGCUCCUCUUCUUAAUUACAAUUACUAUUCCCUAAUCACAUUAAUUAGAAAAGGAGCUAAGGUUGAGCUUAUUGAAAUGGCAUUCUCAGCUGCUCAACUCCAUGAAUUAUCCGUUCUUUUUGGCAUCCUUGGAAACAUUGUUUCCUUUGGGGUCUACUUGGCUCCAUUGCCAACAUUUUGGAGGAUAUUCAAGAAGAAAUCAACACUAGGGUUUCAAUCCAUACCAUAUUCAGUUGCACUAUUUAGUGCCAUGCUAUUGUUGUACUAUGCCUUCAUUAAGGAAAAGAAUGGUUUUAUGAUCAUUACUAUCAACACCAUUGGUUGUGCUAUUGAAGGCUCCUAUCUCAUUAUCUACCUCAUUUACGCUCCUAAAAAAGCCAAGGUGUACACAUUCAAGUUGUUGGGACUAUUCAAUGUAGGGUUUUUUGGGCUUAUAGUGCUUACAACCAUGGUGUUUGCUCAUGGAUUGGAUGAGCACAACAUGUUGUCAAAAGGCGGUAUGCGUGAAAGCGUUGUUGGAUGGAUCUGUGGCAUCUUCUCCGUUUGUGUCUUUGCUGCUCCUCUUAGUGUUAUGAGAAUGGUGAUAAAGACAAAGAGUGUAGAAUUCAUGCCAUUUUGGCUAUCAUUUUCCCUCACACUUUGUGCGAUUAUGUGGUUCUUUUAUGGAUUACUCAUUAAGGACUUCUACAUUGCUUUGCCGAACAUCCUUGGGUUUGCCUUUGGGAUUGUACAAAUGAUACUAUACAUCAUAUACAAGGAUUCAAAGAAGAAGCUAAACAACAACAAUGGAGAUCUCAUGAUAAAAGAAACAGAUAUCAUGCAACUUCAAGAGUUAGCUGUUGAUAUAAAGCUUGGAAAAGUUGAGAAAAUUGAGCAAAAUGAGCAACAAAAUAGGCCAGCUGAAGCUAUUGAAGUUAUUGUAGAGGAGAUGGUUGAGGUGAACAACAACAAUAAUAAUAAUAAUGAGGUUGAUAACAAUAUUGUUAAGGAAAUUAAUGGGAAAGCGACCAAUGGCAAUGCGCCACGUGGAGAAGGUGCAUGCUAAGUAUCUUGGGUGUCCACACUAUAUAUGCUAUGUUGAUGAAAGAUGAUGCAUAAAAAAUGUUGGUGGGUCCAUUAAUCACAAAUGGAAUAUAAAGGGAGCAAUAAAAGGAAACAAAAGGUGACAUGGAUGUGUUUGGAAAAAAUGGAGGAGAAAAUAUAGGGAGGCUAAAAUUAUUUAUUUGAUGUAUAUUUUAUGAUGUUUCUAGAUUUUAUUUCAAUGUACUUUUUUUAUUUAAUUUUCCAUGUAUUUCUCUAACUAGGUUAAUAAUUUCAUUACAAGAAGUUAUAGGGGGUAGAUAGAUUUCAUUUUAGUAGUAAAUAUAAUUAUUUUUAUGUAGACUUUAUUGUACUUGUACCAACUACCAAGCACUUCUUAAUUCAAUUGAAACUAUCAUUUGCCCCCCCAAAAAAAAUCUUAGCUUUGAUA